GAGUUAAAGGGAAUGGUUAGUUGUGGUAUAAAGUGACAGGGAGAAGGCAGAGGUCUUAUUUGAGUCGAAUAUAAUAAGGAAUUUAAGACAUACAGUACUGAGAAAAAGAAGAAUUUACUUAACUUGUAGAAAUAUUGGCAUUAAUAAUUGAGUACCGUGGUGCGUAUAUAUCCCCGUCAAAAUGUCCGACAGGCAGGAAAAUGAAGAACCAAGACAGCCUCGGAACCUACAGGGGCUACUUAACUUUUGUACGGAAAUUACCGCUCGGGAGGAUACAACCGGACCCUCGCAGCUACAGACUAUGGAUCCAGAGCGCCGAGCAUUUCUAGAGGAGGCGUUGACGUCAAUGGCCGUAGAUGGGGUGAAGGAGAUGGCCAAGGCCGUAAAGAGCCUGUACAGCGAGUCAAUAACGAUGCCCGGUGAAGACAUAUCGAAGCAGAAGGAAGCCAUGGCGAUCCUCGAGGAAUAUGUUGAUGACCUUAAUUAUGCCAUGGAUCUUCACAAAAUGGGCGGGUACCCCAUCCUGGUGCAAUGCCUGAACUCUCCUCACACGUCUCUUCGGAUCGGUGCCGCCACUUUAAUCGGAGAUAUAUGUCAGAAUUACUUAUACUGUCAGGAAAAUAUGCUGGCACUUGAUAUCAUGCCAGUGUUGUUGCUCAUGUUAGACACUGAUGAAGACACACAGGCAAGAGUCAAGGCGCUGUAUGCUAUUUCAUGUGUUGUUCGUGAUUGUCCAAAAGGUGAGGCGGAAUUCCUUGACGCCGAUGGUCUGUCUUACCUGAUGAGAGCGAUGCAGUCUGGGGUGGAGAAGUUGGUUAUAAAGUCUGCGUUUCUUCUAACCAAACUUGUGAAAAAGAAAGAUUCAAACAGGGCCACAGCGGUAUCCAUGGGCUUUGUCGAACAACUAUUAACUGUACUGGGCAGCGAAAAGACUGACAAUAUCUCUCGAGAACACUGCACGGAUGCGCUACGAACCUUGGCACUGACUUACCCCCCUGCCCUUGCCGAGUGCUUACGACCUGAGCUGAACGUCUCCCAGAUUCUGACGUCUCGGCUCGACGACAUCAAAGAAAAGGAGGAAACGCAGGAGGAAGAAUGUUACAUCAAAGAAAUUCUGGAGUUGAUGGAGAGAGGAAGCAUCGGGGACAGCGACGAAAGUACAAAUAGAUAAUGACUAAGUAAUUCCAACUCAUUUAGUGUCAAUUCGCGACAAAAAAUUCUGAGAUAAUAAUAAAAAAAAAAAAAUCUUGCCCGUUUAUGUUGUAUAAUUAACAGAUAAUACCUGUGGUAUCCGGUAAAGCCAUGGCAUGAAGAGAUAAUGUAAACGCUUCAAGUUUCAGAUUCGUGAACCCAAAGCAAUAGACACCGUUGCAUCAUUCUGUCCAUAAAUGCUUCGGAUUCACGAGUCUGAAUCUUGGGGUUCGUGGUUCAGAGGGAGAGGCGACAGGACUUUCAUAAGUGUACCGCCUUUUAAUGAUAAUUGUAACUAGACGUAUUUUUAAUCUAAUGCUUUUGGGGGAAUGAAUAUAUAUCUCAAACAAAGCUCUAGAAAUAUUACCAGUAGUAAAUACUGUACUGUAUGGAUUUGUGAUAAAGAGGAAAAAAAAUAUUAUUGGUUAAAUACACUAUGUCUUGGAAAAUCGUAUAUGCACAUCCUUACAGAUUUUCAUAGAGAUGGUCUGAAGUCUUGUACUAUGACCAACAUUAUCCUUACUUGUUGGUGCAUGUGGACAAUGUUGUUGUUGGAAUACAAACAUUAACGCAAUCACCACGGAAAUCUAUAAGUCAGCGUGUACACAUUUUUCCAAUACACCCAGUAGUUUCCACAGUCACAAAAUGCAACACACACACACACACACACACACACACACGUAAUUCUUGUCGUCUCUUUCUUCAUUCCAGGUGAACCUUACAAGUGCUUAGCAAUCUUGGUUUAAAUGGGGAAUUGUCUAAUCAUUACAGGUACAGUUUUAGUCGGUGGUUGAUCUGUACCAAUUACUCGCAUAUGUCCUUAUUGACCUCGUCAUUGGUUUAUAGCCCUAAUUGUUUACUUCCAUUACAAGGCAUUAAGUCGUUACAACAUUACCAGUACCGUUGUUAUUCUCUUUGUUGUUGUUGUUGUUAUUAAUGUUUUAUAUUCCAGUCGAAGUUUUAUUGCUGUGUGAUAUGUUCAGGAUGACUGGCAGGUCUCUGGGGUUCAUUAGUUCCCUCCCUCACAAGACCCAGAGUUCAAUGUUCAGGAUGACUGGCAGGUCUCUGGGGUUCAUUAGUUCCCUCCCUCACAAGACCCAGAGUUCAAUGUUCAGGAUGACUGGCAGGUCUCUGGGGUUCAUUAGUUCCCUCCCUCACAAGACCCAGAGUUAAGUGUUCGGGAUGACUGGCAGUUCUCUGGGGUUCAUUAGUUCCCUCCCUCACAAGACCCAGAGUUAAGUGUUUGGGAUGACUGGCACUUCUCUGGGGUCCCUUAGUCCCCUCCCUCACAACCCAGAGAUCAAUACUGUACUGACACACUGGCGAGAAAAUGACUUGCAUUCAUACCCCCGCAAGUGUAAACAACUCCCCUUAUUAUUGUUACCCCCAUUGGAAUCAUUUCAGGGGAACCAACUCACCCCACUAUGCUAAGUUUGACACCUGUGGAACCCCAAAACCCCAGAUAUACUUUACACGUUGAUAUGCAGUGAAACCUCUAUAUAACGGACUUCUAUCUCCAUACAGUUUGUUAGAUGGGGGGUUUCAUAUCUAACGGACCCUCGACAUAAUGGACUUUUCUCUCUCUAGUCCGUUAAAUAGAAGUUUCGCAUCUAACGGACCCUCGAUAUAAUGGACUUUCCUCUUCAUGUAAUCCGUUAAAUUGAGGUUUCAUGUAUAUAAAGAAAUACCAAAUGAAUUCCCCAGAGAUGUAAGCUAUUGGGUCCACGUUUUCCCCUGAAAGAUAUAUUAUACGUAAUUACUAAAAAAAACGAGUUACAAAAGGUAAUUAAAAAUAUCCUCAGGGAAUAUACAGUACAUGAUUACCUAUAUAUAUUCCGCUAAAGCAAUAAAUAUGAUUAAUAGUUAAGGGAGAAUUAGUCAAAGCAGUAAUAAGUAUGCAGUAAUUAGUCUUGUCAAAGCAGUUAAGAAAAGUAUGGGGUGAUUAGUCUUAUCAAAGCAGUAAAGAGGGAUAAUUAUGGGGUAAUUACUCUUGUUAAAGCAGUAAAGAGGGAUAAUUAUGGGGUAAUUACUCUUGUUAAAGCAGUAAAGAGGGAUACAGUAAUUAUGGGGUAAUUAGUCUAGUCAAAGCAGUUAAGAAAAGUAUGGGGUAAUUAGAUUCAUCAAAGCGGUAACUUGGAUAAUUAUGGUGGUAAUAAGUCUAUCUUGAAGAGCAGUAAAAAUGUCAACUCAAGUUAAAAGACAAUUGAAUUCUAUAGCUAACUGACUAUUAACAAAAUUUAACUAAUGAAUUAAUAUUAAUUUAGCCACUCUAGUAGAGCUUGAUAAUAAUUGAAUUUGUUAGAUUAGUGUUUGAAAAAUUAAUCGUAAACUCUAAGGGAAUGGACCAUUGUAUUUCACUAUUCACAAAGCCUCUAUAAGUGGUUAGUGAGGUGGGUGGUGAGUUCUUAUCCCUUGAUGAUAUUGUCAUUAGUGUUUUGAAGAGAAAUUUACACACUGUACUGCACGCAAGUUGCUACAUUUACACUUAUUAAAAUUUACAAAAACAAAACAAAACCAAAAGUCGUUUACACAUUAGAAUCACAUAAGUAAAUUUUUAGAUAAGGUGUUCAUGUGUUAUUGUUUUCUCCUCGGUAUUCUUGUAGGUUUAACUCAAAAGGAAAUACUUUAUUGAAUUCGUACAAUCUGCAGUGUCUUGUGACCAACAGGAAAUAGUGUGGAGGUAUCCUGGCCUUAUAUAGGAGUGGCAUACAAUGUAACUUAUAUAUAACGGACUUUUUUCUCCAUAUCCGUUAGAUGGGGGUUUCAUAUCUAAUGGGCCCCUGAUAUCAUGGACUUCCAUCUCUAUAGUUUGUUAGAUGGGGGUUCACAUCGAACGGACCCUCAUUAUAACGGGCUUUUCUAUCCAUGUAGUCCGUUAAAUAGAGGUUUCACUGUAAUAAAAUAAACUUCACUGAAGCAUUGGCUGUGAAAGUAGUGCUCAUACCAUAUACGAAAGACGUUACCAAAGAUGAGAAGAAUCCCUCAGUUCGUCUGCGAUUGGUGGAUUUAUUCUCAUACAUUGUUUACGUGGUGACUGUCCAGCCGUAAUGAUAUACAGUCACUCGAAAAACUAUCUUUACUGGGGUGGGAAGUGGUCGUUGAAUUUCAGAAUGAACACUGUGACUCCUGUCGUCUCUGUAAGGCUGUCAAAAUCCUUCAUCCCUUGUGUCAUAUUGUCUUACUUAAUUGUUUGUGAAGAUAGUUUUUUGAGUGACUCUACCAAUUAUUAGGCUUGGUGGUGAAGGGGAGUAACUUGGUAGAAAUGGACUAUUGAUGCACUGUUUUAGAUAUGAGGACUGGGAUAUCUUUAUAGGUAUGGUAGAAGUAUUCCAUGUGAAGACUGUUAUGUUUUGUGACGGAUGAGAUGGUUAAGGAUAAAUGGAGAGCAGAAUACCAAAUUAUUUAACACUUCGAUUGUUGUCAUCAUUAGUAGAUGUUAGCUGUAGGGAUGGCAGUCAUCAGUGGAAGUUAGCUGUAGGGACGGUGGUCAUCAUCAGUGGAAGUUAGCCGUAGGGAAUGUGUUCAUUAUCAGUGGAAGUUACCAUAGCUGUAGUGAUGGUGACAUUGGUGGAAGCUAACUAAGAAUGGCAGCCAUCAUCUGUAGAAGUUUCAUGUUUCUUGCAUUUUAGUUUUGCUCAUAUGGGGAAGUGGAAUUCCAUAGUCACCGAUUACGGGUUAAAAACGGAAAUUUCAAAGUUGUUUUAAAUAUUCAUGACUAAUAUAAGAUAAUACGGUAUAAUAGGAAGACCCUUGACAAAUAAUAGGUUUUCAUACCCUGAUUUUGUCACUGUUUGAUAUGUUGACCAUUUGGGAAACAAGGUUAGCAAGUCCAUCUGGGAAGAGUUCAGAUACGAGUUACUGAGAAGAGAUGGAAAAUUUCUUUGUUGAUGAGAAAGACUAAGAGAGCAUCACUCCUUUUUAUGGGACACUUCUCAAGGUUAUAGGAAAUUGUGUUUAUGUGCUUUUAAAGUCAGGAAUAGAAUUGAUGGUUGGACACUGGUAAUGGAUAAUGAUGACUUAAAAACCAUUUGGAUAUCAGUUGAGUAAAACAUCCAAAUUACAUUCCAAAUAACACUGGAUAGGAAACUGGUAAUAGAUGGAAUAAGUACUGAAGAAAUGUGUAUUUUUGCAAGUAAUUAUAGUACUAAAACAAAUAAUAAACUAUCCAGUAUACUCAAAAUAUUCAGAGUACUGUACCUGUAUAUGAUAUUUUUAAAUGUGUGUUAUUUACAGUCACAAAUUUUAGUCCUGUCACUUCUGCUAUUGCUUCAUGAGCCUUUAGAUUCAGACUUGUGAAUCCAAAGCAUCUGCAGACAGAAUAAUGCAAUAGUGUCUACGGCUUCGGGUUCACGGAUCUGAAUCUCGGGGUUAGUGGAGCAGCAGGAGAAGAGGCAGAGCUUUGAUUCGUGACAACAGACAAGGUUGUAUAUGCUCAAGCUUCCUAAUGAGAGAGAAUGUUACUUAAAAACCACAAGCCAGGAAAAUAUUGUCUCCAAUACUAUUUAGCCACAGGUUAGAGUUCAUGGCUAAUAAGACUUGUUAAUAACAUAAAAUCGAAUUCAGGUAAAUGGUAACUAUGGGGUGCUCUGAUGACUGUGAUAUCAUGGUGGACGUCAUGGGAGGUCUAGAGGAAAUGGUGGGGAAACUCGGUGAGGAAGUGAAAGACGCUAUACCUUUCAUCUGACCUAUUUCUGAGAAGGACGAUACAUUAAGCUAUAAGAUAUUUCAUUGUUUAUAUGUUCUUAUUUUCUUGUAAAUAAAAACGCUUCUAUA